AUGUACAACCUAGUUUUAAGCCACAGAGUACCAAUCCUGGAAGUCUCAAAGCAAAAGAAAUUAUUAUGUUGUUUCUAUGUGUUUGUUGUGCAGAGAAAAAGGAAAGGAAGAGUUAUGAACAUCUCGUCGCAGUAUCCCUCGCCGGCAUCUUUCUCCUCUGACCGUGCCUUCGUACAACAGAUUGCGAGCAGCUCCAUUCCGCAGAUCCGGACCACACUACAACGCUCCAGACUCGACAACCGCCGCGACCUCACACAAGCAGCCGCUGAAGCUCCCUCCACGCAACCCACGCCGACGAAUCCCACGGUUAACCGUCCACUACCGCAUCCGACAGCUCCAUCUCCAUGUCGCGCUCACAACACACUGCUCCGCCACGACCCCACACGGCUCUCCGCUUAG